ACAGGGUUAUAUGCAAAUAAAAAAAAGAAAAGAAAAUAAUAGUGACAUCUUCGGUUGUGUAUCUUUUGAGAGACACAACUUCAUUAUUACUAUUUAAAGUACAGUAUUGAAGUUUCAACGACACAUUUUGACCAUUGACCACAUUGCCACAAAAAAAGUUGAUUGUAAGUGUAAAUAGGUUAUAAGAGGCAUUUUAGAACUUGCUCAAUGAGGAGCUAUUUUGAAGUUUAAAAAAAAUCAUAGGCCAAAAGUGAUUACUUUUCCUACAGCUAGUUACACUUUUCCUCAGGACAAACAGCACUUACACAUUAAGUGCGUGUUUCUGUAUUUUGUGCAUGGAUUAUUUGAAAUGUGAUGGGUGGACUCUGGAAGAGCAGAACAAAGGAAUAACACACCUCAGCCACUUAUAGAUAAGUAGACGCACAAAAAAAAAAGGUGUUUUCCGUUCAACUUUUUAUACCACACGUUGCACUUUACCGACAGUCCCUUGUCUGGAUCUAGCCAGUUUCAAGGGGACCCGAACUGGGGCGUUUCUCAACUGCAACUCCCACGGAAAAAAAAAACAAAGGGGGCCACGGACAAUCUGUCUUUCCACCCGGCCUGCAAACUUUGCCCACCGCCAAAUUCAUCACCGGGAACUCGUUCCACGAACACAGAUCGCGGUUGAGAUUCUUCUACCGUUGUCGUCGAGGACUUUCGAUUAACUUGUUGCCCGGAAGCACCCGACGUCUUGUCAACAUUAGCUUCGUUGUGGCGCUCUUGUUUUCCGGACAAAGUCUCGGGGAUCGGCACUCGCUUACUCGUCGGAAUAGGUUUGUUUUGUGCGAAAAUGGCAAGGGAAAAGUUUUGAGUGAGUUUGCGCCGAGUAACUUUUAAGGGAUCGUCGUCAAAGUUGCUAAAAGCCAGAAGAGGCCGCGGCUCGCUCCGACAUUCCCUCACUUUUACUGCGCCACUUUAAGUGGAAUGGGACGCCUUGAAACCUCCGUGUUUGGAUCUUGAAGCUGCGACGGGCGCCCGAGCACCAUAUUGAAUCAAAGUUGCCAAACUUUGUGACAAAUGUGCCGCAAGUUGGGGCUUUCCAAGCAGCGACACCAGCGGCCGGCCUGUACGCCUGGGAUGGAGGCGCUGUAGGCGGCGAGUGGCGAACCUCCGCUCGGCUUCAGCCUUCGUGAAUGCGGCGCACAAUUCCUCAAGUUUGACGCGUGAGCACAGUCGGACGUCAUGGACAGCCCGUCCUCGGUCAUCACGCAGGUCAGUCGGGAUGAAGACGGAAAUAAAGCCGCGGACAGAGGGGACGUGGGUUCCACGCCCUCACUCUCCACCAAGAAGCCUCGAAGUGGUGGCUUAUUUUCAAUCUUUUCCUGCUGCCUCUGCCGGGACCAGCCAGAACCCCCGUCAGUCAACAACAACACCCCCCUUUUAGUUGAGGAGAACGGCACCAUCUCCAAGAUCCAGGUGAAACCCUUGCUACCACCAGUCAAGUCCAAAGAUGCCGGAAAGGUCUGCGUGGUUAUUGACCUGGAUGAGACACUAGUUCACAGCUCUUUUAAGCCUGUGAACAAUGCAGAUUUCAUUAUUCCUGUGGAAAUAGAUGGAACCGUACAUCAGGUGUAUGUCCUGAAGCGUCCUCAUGUAGAUGAGUUCCUCAAGAGGAUGGGAGAAAUGUUCGAAUGUGUCCUGUUCACUGCCAGUUUAGCCAAGUAUGCCGACCCCGUCUCUGACCUCCUGGACAAGUGGGGAGCCUUCCGCUGCCGGCUCUUUCGGGAGUCCUGUGUUUUUCACAGGGGAAAUUAUGUCAAGGAUCUCAGUCGCCUUGGGCGCGACCUUAACAAGGUCAUCAUAGUGGACAACUCCCCUGCCUCUUAUAUCUUCCAUCCCGACAAUGCAGUGCCAGUGGCCUCUUGGUUUGACGACAUGUCCGACACUGAGCUGUUGGACCUCAUUCCUUUCUUUGAGAGGCUGAGCAAAGUGGAUAAUGUCUAUACUGUCCUUAAGCAUCAAGGAGGGGCCACAAGCUAACAGAAUUCGAACAGAAUGGUGUGCAAAUCUGUGUGCUUGCAAGCGCACACAUACACACGUACACACACACAAAAACACACUCAUCUUAGUGAGACAACAGCUUUCACUGCCCACCCUGUCUUCCCAGGCUUCAGCAAGUGAGGGGAGUCUUUGAUAGUAUUGGGGCUCCCACCCCCUGGUCAGCCAGAAAACUGCUAUACUGUACAUUAACGUCCCCUUUCCAUGUUUCAGGAAGUGGCGGCUGCAGAUCAACAAAUGAGCAAAUGGUUAAGGAACCUUUACCCUGUCAUUGGGAAUGAACGCUCUUGACUCCCGAGAUUUAUUAGUUCACUAAUUAGCCGGUGUCCCAAAGGUGCCUUUUUAAACUUUGCAUUAUUUUAGCCAAUCCACAUAAGACAAACAAACCUGCCAGAGCCCUUGAAACAACAACAGCUUUGUGGAUGUAGCUUUCCAUGUCACCAACGUCACAUUUCCUGCUUAACACUUAUUUUGUGUUUGACAGGCACGCUUUCGUCUUCCGAAAGUAAAACUUGAACUGUUCUGAGCAGCAUCAGAAGUGCAGAACGUGACCACGUGGCUUGUUUGAGUUUAUCAAAGUACAUUGUCAUUUUCGUUUUUUUUGCUAAACGGUACACAUUGGCUGGAAACAUUCUCAUGCAGGGGGCAAAACGUGUUGUCCAUAUUUAAAGCAACAAUCCACCCCACAAGACUUCUUGGUCAAUUCUGUCAUUUGAUUGUUUUUUUGACCUUUCAGUGCAGCUACAAUUAUAUACUGUAUCUGCCUCAUCUGUCAGUGGGAAUCCAAGUGCAUUGUUUCAGGGUGGUAUUGUGAGAAAUCAUUCAUGUUGCUUGACAUGUAAGGUGAGUUUCAAGGAGCUGUGUGGCAUCCAACAAGCCUCCUGGACUGUUUUUAUCCCCCUUGUAUGCAAAUGAUAAAAUCAUGACGACACAGAUGAAUGAUUGUGGAUUGUUUGCAGCAACUCCACAGGGAACGAGCAGGGAUGACAAUUAAACCCAUCAUAUCUAUAUUUUUACAGUAUUGCUGUAUGUUUUUGAAGAUCCUUUCAAUCAAAUUACAUUUUCUAAAUAAUUACUGAUUUCUUUCAUCCUGGCCCAUGAGGUGUCUGUCCUCCGAUGCAUUUAGUUAUCACAUUUAUGGCUGUUGGCUAUUUGACAAACGUUUCAGUGAUAUUGAACAUUGCAUCAAACUUGGCUAAGAAACACCAGCAAAUUACUAAAAUUAAGUUUGCUUUUCUCGGCACAUAAUAUUUUUGGAGGAGGGGGGGAUAUACCAGGAGACUUAUUUAUAGGGCUUUGCCGUUUAAAACUCUAGUGUCACUCACUACAGGGCUGCUACUGUACCUCACACGUUCAGUGGAUUUGUUCACGUGUUUUGCACAAGAAGAAAGCAAGCAAAAGUCAUUCUUAAUAUAUGGAACAUCCAUGUUACUGUACUCAUGAUUUAAUAGAUGUAAUCUAAUUUUGACCUGUUUUAUCAUGCUAUGUUAUACAAAAAACUGUAUGUAACAAUGCCCUUCUAUCAUAAACGCUAAAUGAAC